AUGUGGAUGUGGUCUCUGGGGUGUUCAAUUGCACACGGUUCGCUGCAGGAGCGCUGGGCUCCACGAGAUCUUGUAGGAGCAGGACACUGCAGAACACACGCUGUGCACUGCAGAAUACACUACACUACGCUACGCUACACUACACUGCACUGCACUACACGACACUACACGACACUACACGACACUCCACAGACACUACACGACACUCCACAGACACCGCACCCGCCCGCCACGUGCUCCGCCCGAGCUUUUGCUUCGGCCCCGCCGCAGGCACGGCGCCGAGCCGGCCGUGCGCCGUGCGGGAUGCGCACCGAAUUGCAGAUCUGCCCGUCGGAGAAGCCAGUGCGGUGUUGGGGAAUUGGAUUUUCGGCACGCAUUAAGGUUUUGCUGGGCAUUGCUACUGGCGGAGGAGAGGGAUGGGCGGUGGAGACAGAGUGGUGGUUGGUUAUCGACGACAGUGUCGAUUGCGGGGCGGUGGGCCGUUGGCGGUUGCUAAGCCGAUCGGCAAACGUUGGGCUGGCCGUUGAGAUGCGCAGAUUUACCCGUUGCCCGUUGUCCGUUGCACAUUGCGCUGGGCUGGCGCUGGAGUUGCACGAAUGUGCACGAAUGUGCACAUUCGUGCUCGGCGCGCAUUCUUGCUCGUGGCGGCGCGAGUCGAGCGAAGCGGCGCGAGAUGGGCGAAAGGCGGGCGGCGGAGGAAGUGCGCGACGCGAAACGACGGGCGCUUCCAGGGCCGCGCGUUCGCGAUGCGUUCGCGAUGCGUCGCAAUGCGUCGCACGCUGCGUCGGACGCAGCGCGGGCGCGCCGCCGAAAACGACUCGGGCCGGGGACGCCGCAAGGGGAAGCGAGUCGCGGCGCGUCGUGCCUGGUGCCUGGGUCGGGAUUUACUCGCGGUGCCUGCGGCAGGGGCCGGAACCCGAGAGUGUCGCGGUGCGUGGGCGGAGAAUGCGCCGUGCGGGGUGA